AUGGCUUCCUUUUUUUUUAUUUCAGUAAAAAUAAAAUUCUUUUUUUUUAAUUAUUUUUUCUUCUUUUUCUAUCCUCUGUCAUUUUUCUCUCUUAUUAUCAUUUAUUUUCUUCACUACAAAAUUAAUCGUUUUACUUUUACCUUUCAGUUCACUAUCUCUUUUUCUUUAUCUCAUUAUCUUUUACUGUCUCUUCUUCACAUAAGUCACUUUUCCACUCUCUCUAUUUCUUUCUUUUUAUUUUAUCACCUUCCUCUUUUUUCUGUCUCUAUCCCCAACACCCAUAUCAAUAUAAUCUCUUUUUUUCACUUUUCUCUAUAUUUCCAUUAUUAUUCUUUUCCCCCUCAAAUAAUUCUUCUCCUUCCUCGUCUAUUUUUCGUCUUUUUUAUCUACUUUUCCUUUUAUUGUUCAUGUCUCUAUUUUUCUUUUCUUUUUUCUUUCUUUGCACCAUCUUUAAACACUCUUCUAUGUUGUUGUUUUUUUCUCGCCUUCUUUUUGUCUCCACACCAGUAUUUUCCCCUUCUCUUUCUCCAGCCCCACUUUACAUUUCUCCAUAUCCCUGCUCAUCCAUCCUCCCCGACGUGUCUGUCUAUCCCUUGGAAUUUUCUGCAAUCUCUCUAA